CAGAUGGAACUAGGCAAUGAUACACACAUUUCAAAGUUUCUUCUUCUGGGAUUUUCAGAGGAACCAGAAUUAUGGCCCCUCAUAUUUGGGCUUUUCCUCUCCAUGUACCUGAUCACUGUGUUUGGGAACCUGCUCAUCAUCCUGGCCAUCAGCUCUGACUCCCACCUCCACACCCCCAUGUACUUCUUCCUGGCCAACCUGUCCUUUGUAGACAUCUGCUUCACAUCCACCACUGUCCCGAAGAUGCUUCUGAACACCCAGACUCAGAGCAAGGUCAUUAACUAUGCAGGCUGCAUUAGCCAGAUGUAUUUUUUCUUACUCUGUGCAGAGCUGGAUGACUUUCUCCUAUCUGCAAUGGCCUAUGACCGGUUUGUGGCCAUCUGUCACCCCCUGCACUACACUGUCAUCAUGAACCCCCAGCUCUGUGGAUUGCUUGUUCUGGUGUCCUGGAUCAUCAGUGUUACAAAUUCCUUGUUACAAACCUUAAUGGUGCUGCAGCUGUCCUUCUGUACAGACAUGGAAAUCCCCCACUUUUUCUGUGAACUCAAUCAGAUGAUCCAACUUGCCUGUUCUGACACCUUUCUUAAUGACAUGAUGAUGUAUUUUGCAACUGUGCUGCUGGGUGGUGCUCCCCUGGCUGGGGUCCUUUACUCUUAUUCUAAGAUAGUCUCCUCCAUAUGUGGGAUCUCAUCAGCUCAAGGCAAGUACAGAGCAUUUUCCACCUGUGCGUCUCACCUGUCAGUUGUCUCCUUAUUUUACUGUACAGGCCUAGGAGUGUACCUUAGCUCGGCUGCUACCCAGAGCUCCUACUCAAGUGCCACAGCCUCGGUGAUGUACACGGUGGUCUCACCCAUGCUGAACCCCUUCAUCUACAGCCUGAGGAACAGAGACAUAAAGAGGGCUCUGAAAAGAAUCGUUGGGGUUCCAGUGACAUAAGGACCAAUUGUCCGGGGACUGAAGACAUGCCCAUGAUUGCAGGGCUCAAAACCUCAGAGCUAGAAUCUGCCGUUCUUUGAUCAGACUCUGGAAGAAGAAUAUGCUUUUCUAUUUAUUUCCCAGAAUUUCAUUUGCUUGACUUCAACUUCUCCAUAUUUUUUUAAGUAACUCACUUAUUAAGCCUCUGCUCUGUCUGAUAUAUAGACGGUUUCCCCUUUGUCUAUUUCCUACUUUUUCAAAUAUUUUUUCAGUUUUGAUAAAAAAAUAUUUGGAAAUUCCCACUUGUCUCCUGGGGUAACAUGAAUUUCUUAAAAAUAAUUUCUACUCAAACAACAUAUAUCAUUCCAAGUAAUUUUUCUCCUGUUUUACUAAAAGGAUAGCCAUGAGUUAUAUUACUCAUAUAGAAAAAAGGAAAACAGAGUGGAUGUUGCUCAAA